AAAUAAAGUGGAUCCAAUUUAUUCAACACUCAAUGGCGUUGACCCCUUUAAAUGGUUAAGAAUUCAAAGUUUGACUCAACCUACUGACCCGGUCACCCAUCCACAUCCUUUCACCAUAUAUACAUUCCCCUUCCCACACUCCCAUCUCUUAUCUCCAAUUCAAAGAAAUUUCCUUGUAGCGACAAGCCUCAGAUUUCUGCAGAUUACAGCUUCCGAUUUCCGCCGCAGAAAUGGCCGUCGAUUUGCUCGGCUACCGGAAUCUCAACCGCCAUGCGCCGCCGGUCCAAGAAGCCGCUCCAGCUGGUUUCAAAUCGAUGCAACAAUUAAUCCUUGCUGCUUCUCACCAAAAUCAGCCGUCGAAUUUCACGGUUUUCAGCUCGCAAAAGGUCAGUUCAAACGUGAAUCGAACCGGUCACGCCCGCUUCCGGCGCGCUCUGGUUCAGCCUGAACCAGCUUUGCCUCCGGUUCAGUAUUCUGAACCCCGGGACUCCGGUUCGCACCAACUUCAGACGCUAAACCUAUUCUCCGAUUCCCCCGCCUCGGCGGCAGCGGCUGCUCCAGCGCGAGCGCUUGAUCUCUCUAAGGAGAUGAUCGGCGACGAUGUUUUGAGCUUGUCGGCGACGGUAUCGACGUCGGGGAACUCAUCUGCGACUUUCGCGUCGACGAUUACCGGCGAAGGCAGCGUGUCGAAUGGUAAGAGCGGGGCGCUGUCGACAGUCCCGAUCUCCGCCGGUAAGCCGCCGCUCUCCGGGAAGAGAUGCCGCGAACAUGAUAACAUCUCCGGCAAAAUCUCCGAUUCUUCCCGCUGCCAUUGCAAAAAGAGGAAAUAUAGGGUGAAGAGAACAAUUAGGGUUCCGGCAGUCAGCUCAAAAGUUUCCGAUAUUCCGGCGGACGAGUAUUCAUGGAGAAAAUACGGCCAGAAGCCGAUCAAAGGCUCGCCACACCCACGGGGUUACUACAAGUGCAGCACGGUGAAGGGAUGUCCGGCGAGGAAACACGUGGAAAGAGCGAGAGACGAUCCGACGAUGGUGAUCGUCACCUACGAGGGGGAGCACCGGCACGCGAAGCAGGAGAUACCCGCCGCGGUGGAGAAUGCAAAGGCGACUACUUCGUUGUAAUUUCGAGGUUGUUGGAGGGGUUGACUAGAAAAGAAAAGUAGAGUAGGUAGAGUGCUAGGGGUUUUAUUGUAAAUUUAAGUAGGAGUAGGGGUAGAAUCUCCAAAAGAAAAGUAGAAUGUUCAACUUUGAUUAGUGCUUUGGAUUCU